GCGCAUUUACUUGAAGAGGUUAAGUUUCGAAGUGUUUGAUUUUUUUGUCGGCUUAUUUUUUAACUGAAUUCAUUUAAUCUUUUUUUAUAUUCGACUUAAUAAUUCUCCCAUAUUAAUAAAAUAGUAAUUUAAAAUAUACAAAAUAAGUAACGUUUGUAGAUUUUUUGCGUUGAUGCUAAAAUGGCUCGCAGGAAUUACGAUGCAGACAGAGAGACAGCCAAAACGUUUUUAACCGAAUUUUGUAUUGAGGAAGCUUCUGGCAACAAAUAUUUUAAAUAUGCAGAACAAUUAACAAAAUUAGCUCACAGAGAGCAAGUUGCUUUGUACAUAGAUUUGGAUGAUGUAUCUGAAUAUAACAAAGAGUUAGCUGAAGCUAUAAUAAACAACACUAGACGUUAUACAAAUUUAUUUUCUGACAUUGUGCAUGAUAUACUACCAACAUUUAAAACCAGAGAAGUUGCAGCAAAAGAUGUUCUCGAUGUUUAUAUAGAACAUAGACUUAUGAUGGAAAAUCGAAUGAGACUGCCUAAUGAGCAAAGGAAUGCCAGAAAUAAAUAUCCUCCAGAACUUAUAAGACGAUAUGAAAUCUAUUUCAAAGAUAUGUCUGAAACUAAACCUGUGCCAAUACGAGAGAUAAAAGGUGAACAUAUUGGAAAGUUAGUGACAGUUAAAGGAAUUGUUACAAGAAGUACUGAAGUUAAACCAUUGAUGUGUGUCGCUACAUACACUUGUGACCAAUGUGGGUCUGAAACUUAUCAACCAGUGUCUUCUUUAAGUUUUAUGCCAGUUCACUUAUGUCCAAGUGAAGACUGCCAAGUAAACAAAUCUGGUGGAAGAUUAUAUUUGCAAACAAGAGGAUCUAAAUUCAUUAAAUUUCAAGAAAUAAGAAUUCAGGAACACAGUGACCAAGUGCCAGUCGGCCAUGUACCACGUUCAUUAACAAUAUUUUGUCGUGGAGAGAACACUCGUCAAACUUUACCAGGAGACCAUGUUGCCAUAACAGGCGUGUUUUUACCACUUAUUCGAAGUGGUUACAAGCAAAUUGUUGGUGGGCUCCUUUCUGAUACGUAUCUUGAAGCACAUAGAAUAGUUUCUGUAAACAAAACCGCAGAAGAAGAAACCGCUUCUUCCACUUUAACACCAGACGAACUUGCCGCUUUAACUGAAGAAGAUUUUUAUACUAAGUUGGCCAUGUCCAUAGCGCCUGAAAUCUAUGGUCAUUUAGAUGUUAAAAAAGCUUUACUGUUACUUCUCGUAGGAGGGGUUGAUCGAAAACCAGACGGUAUGAAAAUUCGCGGAAAUAUUAAUAUUUGCCUUAUGGGCGAUCCUGGUGUAGCCAAGUCGCAGUUGUUAGGGUUCAUCAGUCGUCUUGCACCCAGAAGUCAGUAUACUACUGGAAGAGGUUCUUCAGGAGUGGGUUUAACUGCAGCGGUCAUGAGAGAUCCUUUGACUGGCGAAAUGAUGUUGGAAGGUGGAGCCCUUGUGUUAGCAGAUAAGGGUGUAUGUUGUAUUGAUGAAUUUGAUAAAAUGGCUGAUUUUGAUCGAACUGCCAUUCAUGAAGUCAUGGAACAACAGACAAUUAGUAUUGCCAAGGCUGGUAUCAUGACAACGUUAAAUGCUCGCGUAUCAAUAUUAGCUGCCGCCAAUCCAGCAUUUGGACGUUACAAUCCCAAACGCACUAUUGAACAAAAUAUUCAACUUCCAGCUGCUCUCUUGUCGCGUUUUGAUUUAUUGUGGCUAAUUCAAGAUAGACCUAAUCGUGAUAAUGACCUACGAUUAGCCAAACAUAUAACUUAUGUUCACCAGCACUGCAAACAACCCCCAACAAACGUACAAGCGCUUGACAUGAACGUUAUGCGCAAAUAUAUUUCACUUUGUAAAAUGAAGAAUCCUGUCAUUCCAGAAGAUCUAACUGAUUUUAUUGUUUCCGCUUAUGUAGAGCUUCGUAAGCAAGCUCGAAAUUCUCCAGAUAUGACUUUUACAUCUGCACGUAACUUGCUUGGUAUACUUAGAUUAUCCACUGCUUUAGCCAGGCUCAGGCUGGCAAAUUCAGUUGAGAAGGAUGAUGUAAAAGAAGCAAUUCGAUUACUGGAAAUGAGCAAAGAUUCUUUGAAUUGUGUAGCCGAAUCUAGAGGAUUCAGACCUGCUGGUAGUGUUAAUGAUAAAAUAUUUGCUCUUAUCCGUGAAUUGGCUGGAGAUAGUAAGAUUGUUAAAAUUUCUGAUGUUUUGGAAAAAUGUUCAAGUAAGGGUUACAAGCCCGAUCAAGUAGAUAAUUGUAUUGAAGAUUACGAAGCCCUAAACGUUUGGCAAGUAAAUCAAACUCGAACAAAGAUUACUUUUAUAUAAGAGUUUAAAGCACUGACUGAUAAUUUUGUAUUUAAAAUCUAAGUUAG